AUGAAGCUCGUUCUAGCAACAGCCGUGCUCGGAUUGGCGUCGAGCCGAGUCGUCGCUGCUCCUCGAUCUCCAGGUGGUGCGCUCUACCUGCACAACCCGAACCCGUCGUCGCCGGCGUCAUCGGCAUCGUCCUCCGCCGGUGCCCCACUUGUGACGAUUUCGGUCAUACCACCGCCCGAGUGCGCCUCUUUCCACGCCCGACUCGGUACACGACCCGAAUCGACCGAUGUCUACUACCUCACCUCGGAAUGUCUCCAGUCGUACCGCUCCUCCUCCUUGUCGUCUGCAUCCGCCUCGCGCUUCAUCGCGUUCGAUUGGUCGCACGGCAGCUUGAUGUGGGUCACAUCGUCCUCGCUUGAGGCAGACCUGUUGCAACAACGCCAAGCCGAGAUUCAAGAGGUCAUCUUUGCGCGCCAACUCGCUACGUACCAACAGACUCGAGCGCAAAUACCUCUCCCCGGCUCGAAGAUCAAGUCCGAUGAGUCUGCCGGCGUGCGCCUUAUCGCCGCUCUCGCACCGGCGGCGCAAGGUCGUCUCGUCCAGCUCGAAACGGAUACGCUCCUUCGCGAAUGGACCGAGGACCCAAUUCACGCCCUGCAAGAGCUAGUCUUCAUCUCCUCCGAUCCGCUUCCACCACCCUCGAGGGCCGUGCUCGCUUCCGAGGCUGGCGUGGAAGGGCCGGUACAAGGUGGGGAGUUGGUCAGCAAGAAGGACCGCCAGCGCGUUGUCGACAUCUUGCAAGGGCUCAAGUUCAAUCCUCUGGUAAGUGAAAAACAAAAAACGAGCUUUCCGGGAACAACGCGCCUGAAGAGAAGUAUCGCCGGGUGGCUAACCCUGUUCUUGAUUGGCUCGCUUUUACGCGCAGCUUUCGAAGUUGGUGAAAACGCUGUCCAAGAAGGCCAUCAUCGCCGACGUGCGCUACCUCUCCGCCGAGGAUCAAUCCUCCGCGACGACCUCGUCCGAACGAUGGAUCAGUCGACACAGUAUGAGCGAAGGUGCCGAACGCGCGAGCGAUUGGCUUCUGCGUGAGUGUAUCGCAGUGUCGAUUGCAGCACGCGACCGCCACAAAAAGGUCCGCCGCUGAAACGGCCUGGCGUACAACCUCACAGAGCGCUUCAGAACGUACGGCUUCAUCUGCAUGCAACACCACUACAAGACCGAGUUUGCGCCCAUGAUCGAAUGCUCGCUUCCUGGUAUUGGUAAUGUCCCUGGCGCUUUUGCGAACGAGACGGUCGUGAUUGGUGGGGUCAGUGCUCGGUAGUCGUCGGACUCGGGGAUGCGAAGACACUGCUGACACGUCCGUAUCCUUUGCGAACAUGACAGCACUUUGACUCGCGAGGAGUGAGUCGAACAUCCGCCCCCGUGUAUAGCGCUUGAAUUGUUGUACUUAUAAAUAUCGGAUAACGUUUUCGACAGUCGUUCGGCUACCCCACCGCUCCCGGCGCCGACGACGACGGCUCCGGCACGGCGCUCCUACUCGCUCUCGCGCGCCACAUCUCGGAGCACCAGCUCGUCUUCUCGCGCAAGAUCGUGAUCGCCGCUUUCUCGGGCGAAGAACAAGGUCUGCUAGGUUCGAACUGGUACGCGAGCGAACUUAAAAAACGUCAAGAGGAUGUGGUCCUAAUGGUUCAAGUCGAUAUGAUCGCCUAUACCGUUCCGGGUGAACCGAUUCAAAUGGCCCGACCGGACAAGAUCGGUCUUCCCGAAGCGGCUUACUUGAUCGGUAACGUUUCAGAAAUUUACGUCCCCGAGUUGCAAGUAGGUUACACGACCGCGUGUUGUUCGGAUCAUCAGAGUUUCGAAGCGGUUGGGUACGCUUCGACGUGGGUCUUUGAGCGCAACGGAGCGAUUCGAGAUCCGUGAGUUCGUCCCCACCGAUCACUCACUCCGUACGGCUGACUUUGGACUGACCCGGCCCGUGUCGUCGAUCUCUCUCUCUCUCUUUCACAGCUGCUACCACAACUCAUGCGACCUCUCGGCUCGCGAGGGUUACAACUUUGAUCAAGUUCAUGGCACCGCACGAGCCGUAUUGGCGACCUUACUCGAAGUCGGUCGAUUCUCUUUCGUAUGA